AUGGCAACGGCAGGUAUCGACAAGUUACCCAUUACACUCCUCGAUCUGCUCUCCAACUCCUUAAUCCUCCGCCAAACAGCACCUUACAUCCCCAUUAAGGAACUCCUCUGCCUAUCAAGAACUUGCAAAGCUCUACGAGAAUUGAUAUACACGUUUCCCGAAGCCUGGUCUUACCUCAAUCUCACAAAAGUCAAAAGGGCCAUCAUUGACUCUUCCCCCAUCGAUGUCGGCGGUUUCUCAUGGCGAGCGCAACGAAUGGAUGAAUCUCUAACCGAAGACGAUUUCUAUGCUGGCCCACUACGCGGCAUCUUUGGAACCUUACAUACCAAGGGGGUAUUGAAGUUUGUUCAAACAUUGGUGCUGGAUGGUCUCUCUGUUCCAGCGGAUCUGGUGAGGGAAAUCAUCUCUGAGGAGAAGAAGUACCGUGUCAAAGUCCUGAGUUUGAGGGAAUGUAGGAAUCUGAAUCUCACGAAAAUACAGCAGGUCUUGAGAUAUGUCUGUCGACCGACACGUGUGGAAGGCACUCCUAGCCUUAGAGCUUUGUACAUUUUUGGGCCAAAGGAAGGCAGUCGGACGCUGGUGACCCUGCCUCAUGUCGCUAAUGGGAGGGAGCUGGGCGUCAUGGCUUCAGAGGGAGCUCAGAUCGGGGCUGAAUGGAAUCAACGAUCAACAAGCACCCUCGAGGAGAACUUACUAGAUGACGAAGGGAAGUGGUACGGUUGUACUGGACGGGCAAUCAAGCCACCCUACUCCGACUGGGCAGAAACUCUACAGGUCUGCAAGGGUUUGAUUCACUUCGAUGCCGUCCUCUGCAGAGGGCCACACCAUGAUAUCACCAAAGUGGAAAGCAAACACUUCUUGCAACCCGCAAUUGCUACGGUCGCUCUCGGACCGGGUGGAUGUGAAGCAUGUGGCUCUUGCCCUGAGAGUCCAGCUGUCUUUGGCUCUAGUCCGGACCAUGCCCUUCCCCUUCUGGGACCAGUGCCAUCUCACUCAUCCACACUCCGAGCAGCUGUUCGGCCAGAUCACUUACUUAACGGCUCUCCCCCAAAACUUAUACUCAGAUGCGAAGCCUGCCUUCGGGGUCGUUGGUGCGAGCAAUGCAACCGCUGGUGGUGCGAAGAUUGUUACCAGGAACCUAUUUCCCGUGCCCAUCUCCGAACCGAAAUGCAACAGGUCGAGCUUCGAGAGGACUUGGAAAGGAACGGCUGGGCGAGCGUGCCCCGGGCUCCUGGCAGCGCUGAUCCUGCAGGAACAGUAAAGGUAUUCUCAAAACUCUGUGUCGAGCACUGUCUUGUUGGUGAGAUGAUGGCUGGUGCUGGUAGUGGUGGGAUGUGGGGAUGA